AUGUCUGGAAGCAGUGACGAAGAAGGGAAAUCAAUGAAGAACUCAGAUACUGAAGAACAAGACAAGAAAACAGAUACUGAAGAAGAAGUACAAGAAGAAGGAGAUGUACAACGACAAGAAGAAGAAGAAACAGAUACAGAAGCUGCUGCUGAUACAGAGGUCUCUGACAAAUUGGUUGUGCUGUCUUCUGGGGAAGAAAAUGAUGAUCUACCAUCAAAGAAGCAAAAAUAUGCAAGCCUUAAUAAGUUGAGCCAUGUUAAGUCAGGACCAGAUCCGAGACACUCAUCUAGGCACGACAAGAAUGAGGCUGAUCAAUCUUCUUCUACUGAACCUCAAGGUAUUUUUGCUGAUUUCAAAAAGGAAAACUUUCUCUUUGAGGUGCAAUUAUCACCUAUCGAUUAUCAAAAGAAGACGCUCACCAUUCCUUGGGAAACUGUAGAAAAGUAUUUCCAUGCUGCUGAUACAGGAAGUCAAUCGGAGAUCAAUGUAACAUUUUUCAGUAAAUAUAACGUGAAGUCACCUUUGAUGAAACUCCUAAUCUCUCCACAGCCUGGUGCCCACAUGGUCGAGAUAACUGGAUGGUCACAGUUUUUUGCUGCACAGAAUUUAAAUGCCAAGGAUUUGAUUCGCUUUUACAAACCUCUCUACCUGCUUCCGGAAAAUGAGCAUUACCUUCUUGAUAGCCUAAAUUUUCUCUUUAUGAAGAAAUUAGUGGCUACUGAUAUUACGGAGAACAAGCUCCAUAUUCUCAAAAAAGAGGCAGAGGAACACUUCCGUGCUCUAAAUACCUUUAAAAUAAGUGAAGUGGAGAUAGAAAUUUCCGAUGCUGAAAAUGAGACUUAUAAUAUGAAAUUACUAGUGUAUCCAAAGACUGGAACCAAUUCUGAUGCCUACAAGAUUACCUGGAAAAGUUUUGUUGAGAAGCACAAAUUGGAAGUGGACGAUGAGAUUAGUUUUUACAAACCUGGGCGGCCUAUGAAAGGCAAUCACUACGCUAUUCGAUUUGAAAAGAAAAAGAAGGAACAAACCUAG